AUGUCGGCAAGUGCACCCAUCCUACCCACCAUCUCGCUAGGCAUCAACUACGACGAUGAGCGAGCCAAGAUCACCGACUUCCUUCUCUUCUUCAAGGCUCCCGCUUCUCGGCUUGCGUCGCUCUCGUCAACACAAGCUGGUGGUGCGCCUGUCAGCCUCGUAGACGCCGAUCAAGACCAAGACGAUCUUAACAUUGAUCACGAUCUCAGCGGCGCGCUCGACCGUAUGGAUGUCGAUCGACCCGCAUCGCAACGACGCAGCCGUGCUACUGCGGAAGCAUCAGGCUCUGGCUCUCAUCAAGUACCGUUCUACAUGCACCAGCUUCAGAACAUCGCGAAUCGCGAGCAGGACUCGCUCGUGAUCGAUCUCAACGACCUCGCUUCGCAUUCCAACACUACCACUGGCGAAUCGGGUAAAUCGCUGGUAGGCGCGAUUCGCAACAACGCCAAACGGUAUCUAGAUCUAUUCUGCGAGUGCGUCGAUGCGCUCGUACCGGAGCCGUCGAAGGACAUUUCUCACAAGGACGACGUGCUUGAUGUGAUUCGCCACCAACGUAUGGAGCGCAAUGCGCGCACCGUGGAGAGCGCCGAAGAUGCCGAUGAUGGCGGUGUGGAACGCCAAGACGCGAGUGAAAGCAUGUUUCCUCCUGUGCUGCUGCGUCGAUACACGCUCUACUUUAAGCCGUACACGGGGCGGCUGAAUGCGGGCGAGCAAGCCGAGCAGCCGCUAGCGGUUCGAAACGUGCGCGGCUCGCAUAUGGGCAAACUCAUCACGGUGCGAGGCAUUGUAACGCGCGUGUCCGAGGUAAAGCCUUUCCUGCUCGUCGAUGCGUACGCGUGCGACGUGUGUGGUGCCGAAGUGUUUCAGGAAGUCACGUCGCGCCAAUACAUGCCGUUGAGCCAGUGCAACUCGCGACGGUGCUUGACCAACAACACGCGCAGUCCGCUGUACCCGCAAGUGCGCGCGUCCAAAUUCGUGCGCUUCCAGGAAGUCAAGAUUCAGGAAAUGGCGGACCAGGUUCCUGUAGGACACAUUCCGCGCACCAUGACGAUUCACGUGUAUGGACCAUUAACGCGAGCGAUGAACCCAGGAGACGUUGUAGACGUGGGCGGCAUUUUCCUGCCGAUGCCCUAUUCGGGGUUCAAGGCGAUCCGCGCGGGAUUGCUGACCGACACGUAUCUGGAUGCGCAGAACAUUCAUCAGUUGAAAAAGCAGUAUACGGCGAUGCAGCGAACGCGCGAGAUCGCGGCACAGAUCGCUGAGCUCAAAGACGAUCCGGCUCUGUACCAGAAACUGGCGUCGUCGAUCGCACCAGAGAUCUACGGUCACGAGGAUGUCAAGAAAUGCCUGCUGCUGCUACUCGUCGGUGGUGUAAGCAAGAGCGUAGGUGACGGCAUGAAGAUCCGCGGCGACAUCAACGUGUGCCUGAUGGGCGAUCCCGGUGUGGCGAAAUCGCAGCUGCUCAAGUAUAUUUCCAAAGUUGCGCCGCGCGGCGUAUACACCACAGGUCGCGGUUCGUCCGGGGUGGGCUUGACGGCAGCAGUGAUGCGCGAUCCGGUGACAGACGAGAUGGUGCUCGAAGGUGGCGCGUUGGUAUUGGCGGACAAUGGAAUUGCGUGCAUCGAUGAGUUUGACAAGAUGGAAGAGUCAGACCGAACCGCGAUUCACGAAGUGAUGGAGCAGCAGACCAUCUCCAUCUCCAAGGCUGGCAUUACAACGACGUUGAAUGCGCGCACCUCGAUUUUGGCUGCGGCGAAUCCGCUGUAUGGACGAUACAACCCACGCGUAAGUCCGGUGGACAAUAUCAACCUCCCUGCGGCAUUGCUGUCUCGAUUCGACAUUCUGUACCUCAUUCUAGACACGCCUAGUCGCGAUGACGACGAGAGGCUCGCACACCAUGUCACGUAUGUGCAUAUGCACAAUUCGGCUCCUGAACUCGAGUUCGACGUCAUCUCUCCGACGUUGAUGCGCCACUAUAUUGCGCUCGCGCGUCAGAAACGUCCGGUUCUCUCGGCGCUCGUCUCGGAUUAUGUGGUCGGCGCGUAUGUGCACUUGCGUUCACAGUACAAGGAGGACCACAGCUCGUCCAGCAAUCCUACUUCGUCCGCUACAGGCUAUGUCUCGGCACGCACGCUGUUGGGCAUCAUUCGGCUCUCGCAGGCGCUCGCUCGCUUGCGUUUCGACGAUCACGUCUCGAUCGCUGACGUAGACGAGGCGUUGCGCCUCUUGCAAGUCUCGAAAUCUUCCAUCCUCGAUCACCAGUCGCUUGCAUCCACUCAUACUCACGACUCGUCCUAUAUCUCGAAAAUUUACCGCAUCAUUCGCGAAUUCUACCACACUCAUCGCCACUCUCUCCACUCUCAAGAUGAAGACCAGCCGGAUUCUCCGCCUACUUCCGCACUCGACGGCGUAAACCUCUCGGACGUGCGCGCGCGCAUCAUCGCUGCCGGCUUCGUCGAGGACCAGUUCCAGGAAUGCCUCAACGAGUACCAGGAUCUCGGCGUACUCCACGUAACCGCCAACCGUCUGCUGUUCCUCUAG